AGAAGCAAAUUGUCCAUAAAUUAAAAUGAUCAAUGUGUCAAUGGGGUACUGCCCACCGAAUGUGACCUUUACUGAGAUAUGGGUGGACCAUGGGAUCUCCAAGUGCUUCGUGGACACUAUCAGUAUCAGUGUGAUAUCUGCUUAUAUUUUAUUAUGCGGAACGGUUCAGCUGUGGAUCUACAAGAAGUGGGGAACACGUUUCACUACUUCCAGACUUCCCAGCAGCAAACUCUACCUUCUCCAGAAGUUCUUCCUAUAUUUCGUACCAGUCCUCAGCAUUCUCAGAAUCAUCCUCCAGGCUACUGUUCUCGAUGAUAAGAGAGUUUAUGGGUACAUGAUACUCACGACAAUCCUGACGACGAUAGUUUACCCCUAUUCCGUGUACAUCCUGAAGAUAGAGCGUCACCAACUGCUGCCGAGUGUUCCACCAGGUGGUCAUGGAGUGGUUCUCCUGGGAUUCUGGACUCUUGCAUUCAUUGGAGAGAACCUCGUCUUCAUCAACAUUGGAAAAUCCGAGUGGUGGUUCCAUCUCAACACACCGAGCGAUCAGAUAGAGAUGGCACUGUUCGUACUCAGAUACGUGAGCAAUCUCAUGAUAUUCGCACUUGGUCUAAGGGCUCCUGGAAUUAUCGGCAACUCUGAGAUUGAUUACGCAUCCCUGAACAAUGACAUGGGGCCGAGAUCUACUUAUUAUCACGAUCGACCAGACGAUAAUUCUUCAACCUGGCAGAACAUAUGGUACAAGAUAAAGACACUAUCGCCAUUCCUGUGGCCAAAAACAGACUGUCUCCUUCAGUUGAGAGUUUUAUUCUGCUUCGCUCUCCUGAUAGCAGGGCGGGUCAUCAAUUUAUACGUGCCGAUUUACAACAAGAAAAUUGUCGACAGCAUGACUACAGAACCGAAUUCACUGGAUUUUUCUAUUGAAUUUCUUAGUGCGUACUGCAAUAGAAUGAAAAAAAAAUUGACACUCUUCUGAAACUCCAGACACCUGCACAGCUUGAGUCUUCGUUGGCAUCUGUCCCGUAAAACUGGUGAAGUCCUGAGAAUAAUGGACCGUGGAACAGAUUCAAUAAACAAUCUCCUCAACUAUAUCCUGUUCUCGAUAGUCCCCACAAUCGUGGACAUCCUAGUGGCUGUGAUAUUCUUCGUAUCGGCCUUCAACAAGUGGUUUGGCCUGAUAGUCUUCACGACAAUGAUCCUCUACAUCAUCACCACCAUUUUAAUCACCGAAUGGAGAACCAAGUUUCAGAGGAGAAUGAAUCUGGCUGAUAAUGCCAGAAAUGCCAGGAGUGUUGACAGUCUCCUGAACUUCGAAACUGUCAAGUACUAUGGGGCUGAGCACUACGAGGUCAGCAGCUACAGGGAGGCUAUUUUCAAGUACCAGGUGGAAGAAUGGCAGUCUAUCGUCACCCUAAACAUUCUCAACACCGUGCAAAAUGUAAUCGUUUGUGCUGGACUCCUUGGGGGGUCCUUGCUCUGCCUCCAGGAGAUCGUUUACGAGAAAACACUUACUAUUGGAGAUUAUGUACUCUUUGCUAGUUACAUUAUCCAGCUUUAUGUACCCCUCAACUUUUUCGGGACUUAUUACAGAGCAAUCCAAAAGAACUUUGUGGAUAUGGAGAACAUGUUCGAGCUUCUCCGUCAGGAGCAGGAGGUGAUAGACGCUCCAGGGGCUGGGCCUCUCAUCGUCAAACAUGGACACGUUGAAUUUUCGGGUGUAUCUUUCGGUUACGUUCCUGAGAAGAUAAUCCUCAAAAACGUGAGCUUCACAGCCCCAGCUGGAAAGACCAUUGCCCUGGUGGGACCCUCUGGGGCUGGAAAAUCUACGAUCAUGAGGCUCCUCUUCAGAUUCUACGACGUCGAUGAGGGAUCCAUUUCCAUUGAUGGUCAGAAUGUUAAAACUGUCAAGCAGGAGUCCCUGAGAAAUGCCAUUGGAGUCGUUCCCCAGGACACUGUUUUGUUCAAUAAUACAAUCAAGUAUAAUAUUCAGUAUGGGAGGAUUGAUGCUCCAGAGGCUGAUGUCAUUGCUGCAUCCAAAUCAGCUGAUAUUCAUGAUAAAAUACUCACAUUUCCUGAGCAAUACGAAACACAAGUGAGUGAUUAUUCAUUUACAAUUACAUAA